AUGUUGCUUGAUUUGAUUGUUGAUGCUUAUAACAGUAUUGAAGCACAUCCAUAUUAUUCCUUGGGUGUGUUCUCUGUCAUAAUAGCCGCUUAUUCAUUAUUUAUUUAUCCAUUCUAUUUAUCACCAUUUAAAAAUAUACCAGGACCUUAUCUUUUCAGAAUUUCCGUGUUACCAAGUUUACAUUACCAAAGAACUAAUAAAUGGGUUUUAAAAGUUCAUGAAUUACACGAAAUCUAUGGAGAUGUCGUUUUAUUAUCUCCUAAAGAAAUUAGUGUUAAUGGAGAUUUAAAAUACUUGAAUGAUAUUUAUACAAAAAAUUUCCCUAAAUCAACAUUUUACCAAAACUUUGCUAAUCAUGGUAAACCUAAUAUGUUUGCCAGUAUGAGUAAUGAUAUUCAUUUGAAGUACAAGAAAAAUUUGCAAUCAAUCUAUUCCAAAUCUGCUAUUUUCAACCCAAAAAAUUCUACUAGAAUCAGUUUAGUUACCAAUAUCAGAAAAUUGUUGAAGAAUAUUGAAGAUUCAAGUGUUGAAGGAACCGCACCAGAUUUUAUCAAUGCUGCCUCAGAAGUUAACAUUCACGGAAAAGGAUAUCACGAGAAAGAUAAGAAAUGGUUCUUAGGUGGAAAAACUAAAAAUUUACCUAUUGAAGUUUAUUCUCUUUUUGGAUCAUUAGCUUUAGAUGUUGUUAGUCAAUUCGAAUUAGGUUUGAAGAACGGUACUAAUUUAUUAGAAAAUCCUCAACAACGUGAAAUUGUUACUUAUCAUAGAUAUGUUGCCCUGAUGGUAUUCUAUACAACAUUGUUACCAAGUCUUUGGGAUUAUGCUGCAACUAAAUUAAUUUUAAAAUCCGCUCAAAUUGUUCAUGACUGGCAAUUAGGUUUAUACGCCAAAGCUGAAUUGAAUAUCCCAAGCUUCAAAGAAGAUGAGAAUUUGACUACUUUAGAAACUUUAAGAAAGCAUGGAUUCUUAAAAGAAGCUGCUUAUUCUUUCCUUUCAGAUAAUAUCUUUGCUGGACAUGAAACUACUGCUAUUCAAUUAACUUACAUCACUUACGAAUUAUCUAGACCUCAUAAUCAAUACUUGCAAAAAAGAUUAUACGAUGAAUUACAUGAAGCUUUUUCAGACGCAGAAUUGAUUGAAGAUUUGGAAAUCGUUGAUAAAUUACCUGUAUUAAAUGCUGUUCUCUUGGAAGCUUCUCGUGUACAUACUUCAAUUCCAGGGGCUGAACCAAGAGUUGUUGAUAAAGUUUAUAAGAUCAAAGACACCGUUAUUCCAAAAGGUACCAUUAUAUCCGGCCAACCUUAUUCUUAUCAUAGAGUUCCUUCAGUUUUCCCUGAACCAGAUGUUUUCAAACCUGAAAGAUGGUUACAACAAGACGAUGAAACUACUGAAGCUUUUGAAGCUCGUACUAAGAAAAUGCAUAAAUACAUGAUUCCUUUUGGUAAAGGUAUUAGAAUGUGUUUAGGUAUGAAUGUUGCUCAAAUCGAAAUGAAAUUAGCUGUUGCUAACAUUUAUCAUAAAUACCAUUCUAAAAUAUCCUCACAAUGGUGUGAUAUAGUUGAUAAACCAGAAAUAGUGAAAAUGGGUGACAAAUAUGUGGGAGAAAACAAAACUGAUGUUGAAAAAAUGACAAUGUUUGAUACUUAUACCACUAGACCUUAUAAUGAUGAAUGUUGGUUAGAAUUCUAUCGUUACUAA